UACCUGUACAACGGACUGGUAGGUGUACAUGGUGAAGCUGACCCAAUGCAGUUGGCGGAUUUUCAAGAUCUAUUAAAUAUUGCCCAGUUUAAUGGUGGGGCUCAGAGACCUUAUGUGCAGUUUACCAACUCUGUCCAACUGAAAGAGAACAAAGAUAUAAGCUCACAAUUCAAUUCUGGAACUGUUGGAUCACAUUUUGGCGGAUUUGGGAGUUUCGGGAAUAAUGCGGGAAACCAAGGUUUUGGCCUAGCUUUUAACCAAGGAAUUGGCCAAGCUACUGUAAGAGCAUCUGACCAAGCUGCUACUCUUCAUGGUUCUCGUGGCCCAGCUGCUUUUAACAGAUUUGAACAAACUGCAACACAAGGAUUUGGACAAUCUUUUGGCCAAAAUAUCGAACAAGCUUCUCAAAAAUCGCACCAAGCCCAGUCUGCAAACCAAGAUUUUGGCCAUAAAUUUGGACAUGCGUUGUCUUCGGAAAAUAGGAGACUUUCACCGUUACACAUAGAUCUCGAAGGCAAUGUUAUUCCGCAGUCUAUAUUCUUAAAUGGACAUCAAGAACCUACAGGAACGGCCCACCCUGCCCCGACCCCAGGAACAAAUUCUGUUCAGUUCCAAAACUUUGGAAAGCGUCUCCAUAUUGCGGACACAUUGCAGGUAUUAAGUUUGGAAACCGUCUCCCUAUUACAUAUUGCAGGUAUUAAGUUUGGAAAACGUCUCCAUAGACCAUAUGCAGACGCAUUGCAGAAAAGACGACAUUUAAUGACCAAGAAAUAUUUCCGUUUUAUCCAGGAGAAAUGUGAACACAGUUACGAUAAGAAAUGUCACACAUCGUACAGUACAGAGUACAGUACACAGCAGGAGGAGAGUUGUGAUGAUAGUUACAAGAAAGAAUGUCAAAUCACCUAUUCACCAAGUGCUCGGAACAUUACUGUGCAGGUCUGUUCUAAUCCUUUAAUAAAGGAUUGUAAUCUGUCAGGGCCAUUGGAAUGCAGGACCGAGUAUGUGAGUGAAUGUUGGAGUAAGGAUGAUGAGUACACUGUACUUGAUGAUGUUCCCGAGUGUGAGACUGUGACAGAGCAAAAAUGUCACGAGGAAUUGGUUGGUUACUCUACCAAAGAGAAGUGUACGGAAUGGCCCCGGGAAGUUUGCACUGUCAACAAACAGCUUAAGAAAAAAAAUAAUCCUACCACCAAAUGUGAAAAGGUUCCCCAGGAGCUGUGUGGUCCUCCUGGUUGUGGGUUUGUAUCUGGUCCUGAGGUCUGCCAUGAACAGAUAAAAACGAUAGUUACAGAUUUACCGAAUGAAACCUGCGAUAUUCAACCCAGAACUAAUUGUGAGAAAGUGUCAAAGUUAGUUCCAAAACUGGUCCCAGUUGAAGAGUGUGUUGAUGUUCCCAAGGAGAUCUGUAGUAAGGUGCGGGUUCCUGGACGGAAGGUUUUGAAACCAAUUACAAAAAAAUGGUGUUACACUCCCACAUUGGAGUCAGGACUUAUAUAAUUAUACCUCCCCCUUGCACCCCUACCCCUUCAUUCCUUUCCCCUC